AUGUCGUCCAUCCCGAAAUUCUACUCGGUACCGCAGGCUGGAAUUACCUGUAUCCUCCACCUGAUCUAUGACGCGUUCAACAGUCUUGCUCUGGACGUCGACCAAACCAAAAAGCUCACGAGGAGGCUCGGAUUCGAUCAGUGCGAAGGGACCCUCCGCAUCGCACAGAGACUCCAAGCCCGCGCAACGCUACUGACAACCGUCAAGGCGCAACGUUCCGUAGAGGCCCGGACUCUCGUCAGCAGCCUCGUUCAGAUCAGCGGCCUCGUUCAGAUCAGCGACCUCGUUCAGAUGAGCGACCUCGUUCAGAUCAGCGACCUCGUUCAGAUCAGCGACCUCGUUCAGAUCAGCAACCUCGUUUAG